CCGGAGCUCCAGCGGCCCGGCCCGCGCGGUCCUCGGCGGGGAGAGGGGGCCGCCUGGGCCGGACGCCGCGGGCCGGACCCGGGAAGCGACGGCGCGGAGCGGCGCGGAGCCCAGAUUACCCUGCUCACCAGAUGUCUGGCAGCUCUUCUUGCAGCAUUGGCCAUUGGUUUUCACUGCCUUCACAAGAUCAGAAUUACUCCAGAAACUGGAGAGUUUGAUUUAAAAGAACAAACUUGAACAAAUGGACAAUAUGUCUAUAACAAAUACACCGACAAGCAAUGAUGCCUGUCUGAGCAUUGUACAUAGUUUGAUGUGUCAUAGACAAGGCGGAGAAAGUGAAACGUUUGCAAAAAGAGCAAUUGAAAGUUUGGUAAAGAAGCUGAAAGAGAAAAAAGAUGAAUUGGAUUCUUUAAUAACAGCUAUAACUACAAAUGGAGCUCAUCCUAGCAAAUGUGUCACCAUACAGAGAACACUGGACGGACGACUUCAGGUGGCUGGUCGGAAAGGCUUUCCUCAUGUCAUCUAUGCCCGUCUAUGGAGGUGGCCUGAUCUACACAAGAAUGAACUAAAACAUGUUAAAUAUUGUCAGUAUGCAUUUGACUUAAAAUGUGAUAGUGUCUGUGUGAAUCCAUAUCACUAUGAACGAGUUGUUUCACCUGGAAUUGAUCUCUCAGGAUUGACACUGCAGAGUAAUGCUCCACCAAGUAUGUUAGUGAAGGAUGAAUACGUUCAUGACUUUGAGGGACAGCCAUCCUUACCCACUGAAGGACAUUCAAUUCAAACUAUCCAACAUCCGCCAAGUAAUCGUGCAUCAACGGAGACAUACAGCGCCCCAGCUCUGUUAGCCCCAUCUGAGUCUAAUGCUACCAGUACCACCAACUUCCCCAACAUUCCUGUGGCUUCCACAAGUCAGCCGGCCAGUAUUCUGGCAGGCAGCCAUAGUGAAGGACUGUUGCAGAUAGCUUCAGGGCCUCAGCCAGGACAGCAGCAGAAUGGAUUUACUGGUCAGCCAGCUACUUACCAUCAUAACAGCACUACCACCUGGACUGGAAGUAGGACUGCACCAUACACACCUAAUUUGCCUCACCACCAAAACGGCCAUCUUCAGCACCACCCGCCUAUGCCGCCCCAUCCUGGACAUUACUGGCCAGUUCACAAUGAGCUUGCAUUUCAGCCUCCCAUUUCCAAUCAUCCUGCUCCUGAGUAUUGGUGUUCCAUUGCUUACUUUGAAAUGGAUGUUCAGGUAGGAGAGACAUUUAAGGUUCCUUCAAGCUGCCCUAUUGUAACUGUGGAUGGAUAUGUGGAUCCCUCUGGAGGAGAUCGCUUUUGCUUGGGUCAACUCUCCAAUGUCCACAGGACAGAAGCUAUUGAGAGAGCAAGGUUGCACAUAGGCAAAGGUGUGCAGCUGGAAUGCAAAGGUGAAGGUGAUGUUUGGGUCAGGUGCCUUAGUGACCAUGCAGUCUUUGUGCAGAGUUACUACCUGGACAGAGAAGCUGGACGAGCACCUGGCGACGCUGUUCAUAAGAUCUACCCAAGUGCAUAUAUAAAGGUCUUUGAUUUGCGGCAGUGUCACCGGCAGAUGCAGCAGCAGGCAGCCACUGCACAAGCUGCAGCUGCUGCCCAGGCAGCAGCUGUGGCAGGAAACAUCCCUGGUCCUGGAUCCGUAGGUGGAAUAGCUCCAGCAAUCAGUCUGUCUGCUGCUGCUGGCAUCGGUGUAGAUGACCUCCGUCGCUUGUGCAUACUCAGGAUGAGCUUUGUGAAAGGCUGGGGCCCCGAUUACCCAAGACAGAGCAUCAAGGAAACACCAUGCUGGAUCGAGAUUCACCUCCACCGUGCUCUCCAGCUCCUUGAUGAAGUGCUUCACACCAUGCCCAUUGCAGACCCACAACCUUUAGACUGAGAUCUCUCACCAUGGAUGCCCUAGCCAUUUUCAGGAUGGUGGACUAUGAAAUAUAACCCUGUUUAUAAUCUGAAGAUCUAUUGCAUUUUUGUUCUACUCUGUCUUUUCAUAAGGGGUUGAAAGAUGUGUUUGCUGCCUUGCUCUUAGCAGACAGAAACUGAAUUGAAACUUUUUUUUCUAUUUUAGAACUUUUCAGUCAUGGCUCAGAGCUUGAAGAUCAGGAAGAACCAAUUCUUGCUAAAUCUUCACUGGUUGUUAUGUAUGAAGGGGUCAUUCCAGUGCUGGGAACUCAGCCCCUUAAGUGACUGUGAGCUGCUUACUUGCAGAACGCUGGUGUGUUCCUCUGCAGAGCAUAGUGUUGCUGAUUUGAAGGCUGAGAAGUUCUCAAAGUUACUCACCUGUUACUUAGUGAGCAAAGUUAUUGUUGAACACACUGUGUUCAAGUGCCACAUGGGCAAGUCAGUUUUACUGAAAGCAACUUCACUAUGUUUAAAAAAAUCUUUUAUCAACCUUUUAUCCAGAAUGUUUUUUGCAAGUUAAAAAGUGAAGGUGAAUUAAAUUCAUACUGCCUUGAAGAUUUCAGGGUUUUUUUCCCCCCCAAGACAAAACACUAAUCUGUGUGCAUAGUGACAAUUCCUUACAAUUAUCAGUCAAAGAAAUGCGAUUUAAAAUUACAUUUUUAGCCCUAAUAGAUGACCAUUAUCAAGAUGUGUACUUUUGCCCUGUUAAACAGUAGAUGAAUUCUUCUAUAUUUCUAGGCACAUGGUUGGUUAUAAAAAAAAAAAAAGCCUAGGGGGGAUUUCUUUCCCUUGAUUCACAGGGAGAAGGUUUUGUAUUUAUAAAAACACUAAAAGUAGUGUUGCUCUGCCUGAUGCUCCACUGUUCUGCAAGAUGGCAGUGCUUCAACUAAAAUAAUGAAUAUUUUGGAAACUGCUAAAUUCUAUGUUAAAUACUGUGCAGAAUAAUGGAAACAUUGCAGUUCAUAAUAGGUAGUUUGGAUAUUUUUGUACUUGAUUUGAUGUGUGACUUUUUUUCAUAUACUGUUUAAAUCAUGUAUGUUUUGACAUUGUUUAAAAUUCAGUUUUUGUAUCUUGGGGCAAGACUGCAAACUUUUUAUAGCUUUUGGUUAUUCUAAGCCCUUUGUUUGACAUCAUCAAUCAGUCAGCAGUGACUUUGUGUAGAGACUGAAGUAGAAAAGUUGCUGAUGCGUUGACUGUACCACAGACACAACAUGUAUACUUUUUACCUAGUUAGUAGAGUAAAUAAAACUGAGUCUCAAUAUGCAAAGUUGAAUUCUAGGUUUGUUUUUAAAUGCUUUCCUUUUGCACUUUUGAGUCCAAUCUCAGUGGCAAGACACCUUCUACUAAAUGACAGGCGACAGCCAGUUGGAUUGUACAGCUCUGGUUUUCCCCUCACACUCUACCAGGACUUUCCCAUGUACAUUAUGUAUCAUGUGUAGAGUUGGAUAUUUUUUGAACUUUUAUUUUACUGUAGCAAAAAACAGACCUGGGAUAAAUAGUGUGAAUAAAAUCAAAAUCAUCGAGACUUUUAUUCUUUGCUCUGAGAGUUUUCUGUAAAUUUUACAGUGCAGUAGGCAUUUGGGCUCUGGAAACCCUUGUCUAGCAGUUGUCUUUAUGCUGAAGUGAUCAUCAAGUCCCCGCAGCCUACUUCAGAGGGCUCCAGAGACUACUGAGUGUCGCUGUGAUGGGAGUGGACAUCUCAGUCCAACUUUCACACCGUGUCUUUUUAAAAAGCUUCUUUACCAGGUCAUUUCUACUCUUAAAUACUUACAAGUACUUUUAUUGUCUGUGUAAGUUUACGUUUUUUUUUUUAAGUAUUAUACUGGCAGAAUUAUAAAAAGAUACCUUCUCUAGAAAUACUUGUCUUUAGAUCCCUUUUACUAUGGAUGGGGAAUAGGAGUGAGAGGGAAGAGUUUUAGUAUAACAGACUUUUUGAAAUCCAGGUUAUCUGACUAGAACAUUGUCCAUGCAGUGGUACAACUUGAUGCUUCCUUUUCUACUUAUGGAAAGUUUUCCAUGUUUAAUCAUCUUCAUAAAGUAUGUGGGAAAUAUUUGCUAAGAAGUGUCUCUUCAGAGCCAAGCCACCUGUCUUGGUUUUCUUACUAAGAGCCAUAGAAUUUACUUCUAGUUAUUGAUGAUACUUGUAAUUUGACUGUCCUAUGCCUUUAUAAACUGUUUCCUUUUGUUCCUUAGAAGUUGCCAUCUUUGAUGAGCGAGACUUUAAAAAACUUGCCUAACCUUAAACAUUUUGUGUCCAUUUGAGGAUAAAGUAGUUUCUGUAGUUCUCAGAGUCUGAUUGCAAUGUGGGUGUGGUUCUGGGUGGUGUUCUUGGAUUCAUAGCUCAAGUCUCCUAAGACUACAUUUGACUGGAAGCUGAGUGACAGAUGAAGUAGGCCCACCCAGUUUAAACCCAUUCUACUUUUGUCUUGUGCCUUUCUGUGCAUGAUUAAAGGGAAUCCUUAAUGGUAUUGCCUUUAUUUGCUUGGAAGUAGAUUCUUUUGUGGGAUAGUCUACCUUAAUUGCUCCACUUUACUGCCCCUGCUGACAAAGAUGGUGAUAAACACUGCCAUGCACUUGCUUUUCCACAAGCACCAUCUUUUUGUAUUGUCCUAACCCGUUGUUUCUAUAAGCAGUUCAGGUUCACAGAUAGGAUGAGCUGCCUUAGGGGACAUACCUGAAAAAUCCAGCAACACAUGACUAAGCUAUGCUGUGUUUCAAAGUUAAAAAUCCCAUUUUGUGGGUAACGGUGGUGUUUGUAUUAGCAACUUUGAAGGCAAAGCAAACUCGGAGGUUUUACAGUAUGGAGAAGAGAGUCUUUCUGAAAUGCUUGUGAAGUAUCUGUAGAGAUGAAAUGUAUUUACUCCUGGUCUGCUAGUAACUGACUGAUUGUCACUCAUUAGUUGUUUUUAUUUUAAUUUGUUGUCCCAUUAGUUGAAACCUCUUGGAAGGAGCAGUUUUAUUUGGAGUUGGCCAGAGUUCUUUUUGGUAGUUUCUGUAGGUUGCUGUUUUCGUCGCUGGCAUUUUAUUUAAUGAUAGAGUAGUAAAGACUUGGGUUAGAUUACUACAGUGAAAUCAAGCAUGAACCUUGUCAAGGAACAACUCUCAUAGGUGGGCCUGGUGGAGACUAGCAGGUUGUACCUCAGUGUGAAAAAAUGUGUCCCCUCUCCCCAAGACAAACUCAUCUUGCUACACAUAGUGAUCUGUAAAUAGCCCCUGAAAUCCUCCUUUGCAUGGUCAUACAGGCUAGCAGACUCUUGUUCAAGCCUUUCCAGUUUUCCCUUCUAAUAACAAGCAGUUUCUUCUCUUGUGAUGCAUUAAGAAGUGUGGAAAAGCCAGUGGCCUUAUCAUAGUGCGCCCUUGGCAGGGCCUCCUCCCUAGCACUCACUGUCCAUGCAGCGAGGUCAUUUAUCUGGUGUUACUCAAGAAUGAAAGUUUCCAUCAUCUUGCCUUAUUAAGCAGUAAAACUUUAAAAAUUAGCCAUUUAUUAGUGGAAGCUAUUUAGCAAAUCAGAAUAUACUGGGUAUAGCAUUUCUUUUUUUCUGUCUCUCUACUGUCUCUGUGGACACUGGACCUCUGAGAUAGACAGCACUAUGUAGCCUUUCCUAAAUGCCCAAGAUUGCUGUAGUUUUUGAUGUUUUUGUUUUGAAUUCUCCUAAUCUUCCUUUCUGACAGCUACCAAUUCUUGAGUGGUUUGUUAGUGUGCCUCUCCUUAGUGUUUUAAAUCCAUUGUUCCUAACUGCUUCACUGAGGGAACCACAUUAUUAGUGUUCACCCAGGACAUGGCCCUGUUAGGGUUGAAAAGGACUUUGGUGCAUUGCUAUUUGGCAUUGAUUUGAUUGCUUCUUGAUGAGCUUUAUAUGGUUGUUGUAGAUAGAAUUGAGUCAUAUUCAUAGCCCCAUAGCCUCCCCCUCCCCCAAUGUUUUAAAAACUUAGUUUCCACGUAAUUCACUCAUAAAAGCUGUACUGUUUGCUAGAGGCACCCACGAACCACAACAUCCUUGCUUGUUUUUUUGUCCUGGUGACCCGCACUCUGGCCGCCUUCCUCUAUAGAUACUUCUGACCUAUAGGUGCCUUUAUGCGAAUGGAGGGUCUAAUACCAUGCCCCACGGAGUAGCUGAUGUAAUGACUGAUGUUUUCAGGGAUUUUAGCAUCAGACGGAAAUGAAUGAAUGAAGCUUUUUAUUGCUUUUGCAAAGUGGGAAGGACCGAGGAGAAUUUUGAUGAAGACAAUCAUUUCUCUGUGUUCACAGUUUGCUUCAGAUGGUUUUUUCAGUAGGCCCAGAGUCCACGAUCCUGUUCAACCGAAAAAUAUGUGGCUCUGGACUAGGACGGUGGCACUUGUAUUUCUGACUUAGUGUGUCCUUGGCAAGUCGUCUCCCUUCCUGGGCCUCAGCUGCCUCUCCUGUGAAAUGAGGGGUUGGACUGUCCUGCCAGCUCUGGCUUCUAAGUGACCUUGCCCGCCUUGCAGCAGUUUGGCAUUUGCUCUUUACCUGUGUUCUGCUGUUUGGGGGGUUCUUGCUUAUUUCUUUGUUACUCAGUGAGACUAGGCUUCAUCUUUCAUUAUCUGUUCUUCUGUGGACAAGUAGUUACAUAUGUCCUUACGACUUACUUUUAACCAAAGGCCUAGCACCACCUUAGGGGCUGCAGUAAGAACAGUGUGAAACAUAGACACCUGGGGGUGGGGGAGUCUUCAUUUCAUUUUCCCAUGAUCUCUGUUCAAAGCCUAUCUAAAAGCUCUACUAAGUCAUGACAUUCUGACUGUCAAGUUGGUGUGUGACACUGUCCUAAUGGAUUGAAAUCCUGUUGUUAAUGCCUAGUGAUAUUAGAGGUCCUUUCUUUGGGUCUUCAGUUGCUUAACUCUUCUAUGCUCAAAACAGGAAGGUCUUCAGAAUUAUGUCAAUAUUUUAAUUGAUGCUAUGGAAAACUGUAUUGGUGAAUGAUUAUUCACUUUAUUUUUGCCUCUUUUGUAUCCAUUUUGAUUAGACAACUUUUGGCUGGAUCAUUCCUUUCAGAGAGUUCUCUUCCAGCCUUCUUGGAUGAGUAUAAUAACUGAGUUUGUUAUUUUUAAGGACCUGGGAACCUUUCUAGGGGUGGGCUAGGGGUUGGAGAGUCCUGGUAGAGGCCAGCUCUGGGGUAGCUGGUGACGAAGGGAUGAAACCAGCUGCUCUUCCUAAGGCUGCUUGUCAUUGGUAGAAGGACUCACAGACUUGGAGUGGUUAAAAGACUAAAUAUGGAGUUGGCAAACUUCCUCUAAAUGAGGUUUUUUGUUCAGUGCAUUGGACAUAUGACUUAAGAGAAAAGCAUGACUGCCUAUAGAUGAUGAAAACUGGUGUGCUGCAGAGUCCCGUGUGGCAGAAGUGACUGCAGUGUUGGGGACAGAUUUGGUGGUGGUACUUCCAGCUCUCUCCUCUGGGGUCACUCAGCUUGUGCUUUUAGGGAAACCUGGUCAGCUAACGCACCGGUUACUCCCUUUCUAUAUACUUUUGCCUGGUUGAAGUCUGUGGCUUAAAAAUAAAAAUAGUUGAAACUUUCUUGAGAACUCUGUAACAAAGUAUGUUUUUGAUUAAAAGAGAAAGCCAACUAAA